AUGCAUCGGAAGACAGAUCAGCCGCAACUAAUGGUAAUAACAAUGGUUUUACGUAAAAAUUAAUUGAUAGAUGUAUAACCUCUUCCUUUUAUAUCUAUUGUAUCUACUUCGCAUGUGCGAGCAAUCUCUUUCUUAAAGCCCCCUUUAACUUUGUUCAGUGGACAGCGGACAGGGAAACGCGUCUGCGGGAACGAGAUUGAUGAUGAUGAUUAAUUCAAGUGCUAUAACUAUUUUUAGGUAGAUAUUAAGUAUUAGCAGUGUAAGGGUCUUUCUAGCAAAUAAAGAUAACGUAGCAAGAAGCAUUACUGGCCUCAGUUGUUCAAACAUAAGCCGGACAGGGCUAUAGACCACUGGAUGAAUCACUAUCCUGCGAAUAAGUGUUAGGAAAGCUAAUAAGUUAUCCAUUGAAUAGAGAUUUAUCUAGUGGAUAGAGUUGUCUAACCUUUUAACAAAUGGGGCCUGAUGAUUAAAAGCUAUUACAAAUUAUCGGAGCGGUUAGGUUGCGUCUUGGAGUAAUAGAAAUCAAUAUUAAUGGCAAAACAGUCAAUUCAAUACUAAAUGGUUUUAUAGGGUCGGUAGCUCAAAACAGUCCCACUAGCCAGGAUUCUCGGGGGAGGGGGGAACUCCUCAUAAUGGCUUAUACGGGAGGGAUACCUUUUUUAGGCUUCAGAUAUAUCAAAGAUUAGGGAAUUCAUGAGUUGAAGUGUAGAAAGGGUAGGGGAAAUUAACAAGUAACAAUUAUUUAAAGAGGGACUAAAAUUGAACUUUUCAAAAAGAUCAGCCCUCUGGCUAAAUAAUUCAUUUAUUAAACGUUACACGAGAAUGACAAGACAACUUGCCUUUUUAGUGAUUCAUUAAGACUUGUUAAUUAGGUAUGUGAAAAAGGGUACCUUCUUGCAAUGAAAGGUAUUUCUAUCAAAACGGCAUAUCCAAAGGGAAAGGGGCUGAACCUCGGAGCGGAGCCUCCCCGUAUAAGACUUUGGUGAGAAACCUCCUGCCCCCUGCUGGCCAUGAUUAGCGGUCACUACCGGGAAUCGAACCCAGAACCUCAGAUCUUGAACAGGUCAAUCCUUGCUCUUAAAGAAAAACGUUACUUACUAAAUAGGAGAAUACAUGUCAAAAAGGUACCAUUUUGCAAUGGAAGUUGGAAAACUCUUUCCUGUCAAAAAUGGUAUAUAAAAGGGUAAGGGGUAGAACCUCGGCGAGGAGCUUCCCCGUAUAAAAAUUAGUUGAGUAGCCCUCCCACCCCCCAAUCCCACCAGGAUUAGAGGUAACAUCAGGAAAUCGAACCCGGGACCUCUUGCACAGGUCAAUCCUUGCUCUCAAAGAAAAACACCUUACAAGGCUAUUGACUUUUAAUUUCACAGGUUCCUAGACUAGCACCUGAAGAUGUGAUGGCUGAAAAAUUGGCAGCUGAAGUAAUAAGCAGCAGUUUAAGAGAGGUUGCUGAAAUCGUUUUAAAAGAAGAGGUUGUCUCUGUUGUUGCACAUGAGGUCAGUGAAGCGAGAGAGAAAAACAGCGCUGUAAAAUUGAUACCUGACUUUGUGAUCGAGUUACAAAGUCUACGUAGGGCGACUGAGGUACUCGUACGCGAAGAACUUCUAAAUGUGAUCGCUGAAGACUUGGCAGCGAAAGUAAUUACAAGCAGUUUAAGAGAAUUGGAAAGCGUCUCUUUGGUUGAAGACAUUGCAUCUGAGGCAGAGAAAAUAAUCCCAGAGGCCACCUGCGAAUCGACUGAUAGUGUGAUCAAGCCUGAAUCUGAAGAUCCCGAGGUGCAUAGAAGCGUCAAAGAAACCUUGAGUGACGUCACUGGGCCUAGUGACGAUGACAAGUUCAGCAACAAAGCCCAUGAGUGCUUUUUAGAAUGGGAAACCGUCAGUGCAGUUCAACCAGAAAUUGCCUUGGAGUUUGAAAAUGUAACUGCAGUCACUGAGAUAUGUUUACAAGAAGAGGUUGUCUCUGUUGUCGCACACGAGGUCGGUGAAGCGAAAAAGAAAAACAGCGCUGUAAAAUUGGUACCCGACUUUGCAAUCGAGUUAGAAAGUUUACGUGGGGUGACUGAGGUACUCGGACAAGAAGAACGUAUAAAUGUGAUCGCUAAAGACUUGGCCGCAGACGUAAUUACCAGCAGUUUAAGAGAAUUGGAAAGCGUCAAUUUGGUUGAAGAAAUUGCAUCUGAGGCAGAGACAAUCCAGGCCGUUGUAUGCGAAUUGACUGAUAGUGUGAUCGAGCUUGAGUCUGAGGAUCCAGUGAUGGAUGAAGUCAGUGAAACCUCGGUUGACCUUCUUGUUGACAAAAUCAGCGGUGCAGUGGAAGGGAGUGAGUGCAUGUUAGAAUGGGAAACCGUCGGUGUAAUUGAGCCAGAAAUUGAGGUCGAGUUUGAGGGCGUAGCUGCUGUUACUGACAUUCCCGUACAAGACGAAAUCAUCUAUGGUGUCGUCCAUAACUUGAGCACAGAAGUGAAACCGGCCCUUUCUUUCGAGCCACAAAGUGUUACAGCCGCCAUUGAUAUUCCUUUCGAGCUGGGAAAUUCCACAAGGAGUACUCGCGAGUCAGUUUCAACGAAAAAAGAGAGUGCGUUUUUCCCAGAAUGUUCACUGCAGAUGGAAAACGGCAGUGAUGUUUCUUCGAUCUCCAAUGAAGCUGCAGCUGCAGAAGUAAAAACAUCCUGCACGCUCUGGCCUGAAAGUUCAUUGGACUUGAAGAGUGUAAGUGAGGUCGUUUAAUUUCGUUUAGAAAUAGAGACUGUGACUGAUCACUCAUGCCUCACUCAGACUGAAUUGCAGGCCGACAGUUCAAAUACUUUUGAGUGAUUGCUUGAUGGUAACGAAAUCCUCUUGUACAUUGUAAAUUAAAAAGAUCUGCCUCGACUCCAGAGUGCUAAUUUAGCCUUGAAGCACAAGGUCUGAUGGAGCCAUUUGAGUAUAAUCAAGGCCACGUUGGGUCUCUUUCCAAACUAUGAAUCUGCAGCUUUAAAUUUGCAAAAAUACAUACAAACAAACUACACCCACCCAUGUAUCAUGUUUAAAAGUUGUUCUAGGAACUACUUUGUUUUAAUAUGUAUUUUUGUGCCUUCAGGUUGAAAUGUAUGCAGCUGAAUGCCCAGAUCCCAACGAUGAUAUUAUUGGAAAGAAGACUAUGCCAAACAGAGCAUUCGGACUAACUUGGUAAGACCUUCCCCUAACAGAAUGCUAAGAGGGAGUGAUCGAUUUCUUGAUCCCUCACAAUGUUAAUCCCGGCGAAAUUCAAGAUUACAGUACGAAGUCUUUAGUAUUAAGUGCACUGAAAUAUUGUACUGAAUUUGAGCCUCUUUUUUUGGGCUUCGGUUGAAACGUAUUUAGACAAGCUGGAAUCGAACCAAUGUUUGUAACCUUUGUUUGGUGUCUUCUAUAUUCCAGCAACACAGCGCAAGUUAAUUGCCAACACGUUUUUAAAAAAGUUGUUGGAAUUUACCUUGUGUUGUGUUGCUGGCCUCAGCGUUUUAACUGCAUGACGCGGGAUUUGAAACAAAGGAUUUCAGCGGAAUGGAUCUUGGGUAUAAAUUACUGUAGUUGCACUCGGCCUAGGAUGGUAAUCAUGCAUGAGAACUUUACAAGGUGUUUCAUGAUAUGGACUUUAAAAAUUCCGGUUCUUUGGGAAGUAAAUAAAUAAAACGUUAUGGCGUAACAGCUCGUUGACAUAAUUAUGUUCUCUGAAUUAGGCUUAGUUUAUACUGAUAUAUAAAUAGAGGAAGACAAACAGGAUAAAUAGGCGCUUGAAAGUCCCGAGCUUCCAAUUAGAAAGUUUGCGUGUAAACAGGAGGAAAACUGGAAUUUGGUGGUUACCGUUACCUGUGGUCUUUUACAUAUUUCAGCGUUGUCGGAAAAGUAGACCAACAUGUCUUAAACGCUGAAGCAGUCGAAUUCAUCACACGCUUUUCAACAACUAGCGGUUUUGGAACAGACAAAUUUGCCGAACCGGCGCAUGGGUAUGUUUUAUAUUUUAUUUCUAUUGCGCUCGUGGGAACUUACUCAUUUAUGAGAGCUAACUGAGAUAUUUCACAAAAAUGUGUGCGUGUAAACCAAAAGAAAAGUUCUUUGGUCCUUUAGGAUUGUCUUACCACCAUGUACAUGUAAACAGCCAUUCUGAGAUUCACCCAACUCGUAGGUCACUGAAAAACAGUGACCUCGAUUUUAAAAGCUAUCCCUAUGAAAAGCUUGCUAAGUAUCGCACUAGCUCAACUGCAACAAACUGCUUCAGGUUUUCCCUAUCAGAACGUAGACGAAUCUGUUAAGUCUCUUAGCUGCUUUCCAGCCUCGCAUCGAGGAGUCGUACAGUGAUUCAUUUUAGGCCUUCUCCUCUUUUCACACUAGCCUGUGAUCAUUUAAGUUAGGAAAAAAAACCAAUAAAAGAGUUCACUAGAAGCUUGAUCCCUUUAAUUUGAAAUCUUGCGUUGAGUAUUGGCCUGCUUUUCUUUGCUGUUAAUUUGAAAAGCAAACUGGAUCUUGCUGUUUAUUGUCGCCUAACGUCUUUUAUAUUUUUCAGAAUUGCAGGACAAGUUGACCAGCAACACCAUGUUUUAAACCCUGACGCGGAUGAAUUCAUCCCGUGCUUUCAAGCAACUCGCGCAUUUGAAACAAACGUUUUUGUCAAACUGGAGCCUGGGUAUAAAUCAUACUUUGCAUUUCUAUUGCGCAUUUAUUUAAAAAGGACGUUAUAUCCAUUUAUGAGAACCAAUUGGGUAAUGUUAGGUAUAGAUGAUAGUCUACGGGUCCUUUUAAGAAGCAACAUUACAACUUCAUAGCAUAUCAACUUGACUCACUUGUAGUGAGUCUUGGCCUGUUUUUCUUUGACCUUUGAACGUAACAGGACUCCAGGUAAACAAGAACGUGUUGGUAACCGUUGUCUGUCGUUUGUUUUUAAUAUUUCAGCAUUGCUAGACAGGGCGACCAACGUCAUAUAUUGAACCCUGACGCCGAUACAUUUAUUCCACGCUUUCAAGCAACGGGGGAAAAUCAAACAGACGAUUUUGACAGAACGGAGUUUGGGUAUGUAUUUUAUUUUAUUUCUAUAUUGUGCACUUAGGAAGAGUAUCAUUUAGGAGAACUAAGAAAAAGUCAAGCAAGAAGAAUAUGCGCGGGAGUAACGUUCGUUACUUUCCCACUACAAUGAUGUCAAGUAACACAAAUGACAAGUUAUUCCGCCCUCUAGGGCCUUCUUGCCGUACACUUCUUUUCACCCAGUUUUUAUAGCAACAUGAACAUGCCCAGUAAAACAAGCGACAGCAUGCCAGUGAAACGCUCAAAUUUAGAAUUGAUGUAGCUGACAAUCGCCAGGUUAACUAUUUUUAUUUCACACAGAAUUACUGGAGGAAGGCAUUCUUUGAACGUUUAUGCAAAAGACUUUGUCCCUGCCGAUUUUCAGGUUAGUAUAUUUUCAGAAAUGAUAUUGACCUUAUCAGCAAAAGAUAUUACAUGAAAUUUCCUUUUUAGCUCAGAAAUGCCAUUAGAGCAGCUCUCUGAGGAUUCCGUCAAAAACGCAUCAUCUCUCUUUUUGGAACCUCCCUACAAAAAAGAAGAAUACCGUUUGACUGGCUGUGCAUCCUGCAAUAGUUUUAUUUAAAGUAUGCUAAUUUCUACAUUACAGCCACUGGAGUAUAGGUAUUUUUUUCUUUUCUUCGUAAGAAACGAACAAAACAACAGCCUAAAAGUACUUACACCUCCAAGGACUCGUUUUUUGUCGUAACAAUAAACCGAGUAACUUUAUUAAUGCUACUACUCUAAUACGAUAUUUAAACGAAUAUUUAAAAUGACUGAAAAUUUAUCAAAACAACAAAAAGGGUUAGUUAUUUAUCGAAAUAACAAAAAGGGUUUUUUUUCACUUUAGUACUCUCAAGAAAAAUAAUUUCGAACGAACACCAAUAUCGACCGGAUCCUACUUAUUACAUUCUCCAUUCUAAUCUUUUUUGAUUACAGAACAGAGCGAAUGCCUCCAUGAUUGCUCCUCCUGAGUACGAUGUGGCCCCCAUAGCAGCUCCAGCCAUGCCACACCCUGUCAGACCACGACGUCGAUCCAGACGUCAGAAUAAUCCAUCUGUCUUAAAUCAUCCCCAGAAUCUACAGCCAAGAGGUAUUUAG